UUCCAGGUUGGCGUUGCUUCUUUCUGGAGCAUAAAAGGAUGUUAACAGCGCGAACGCAGUCAUGACAACAACAUAUUCAGUACAUCCUCCGGGAGCAACAGCAUCAAAAAGACUUCUGUCUCAUCAUCAUCAUCAUCAACAUAAUCAUCAUUCCCAUUCACCACAUCAGCAACAUCGACGUCACCAGGCGUCAUCCCUCGAUUCUAUCCGCACUGCUGCCACGAUCAUAUCACCCUCAUCUUUGCAGCGUAUUGUUAACGGUAUUGACGGUACUGCUACUACCGCAACUCCACCUGCUGCUAUCGGCAUUAUCCCACCACCACCACCUCCGUUUGACGCUAUUGCUGCACCGAAUCCUGCUAUCGCUGCCCUGAACGGUACAAUCUGUAGGCCAUCAUCAUCGGAUUGCGGUGGGUCAUCAUCCGGUCUUGGUGGUAUGACCAAAACCGAUAUUAUAUCAUCCGACGAAUCAUCACUGGCCAGGUUCUAUUUCAUCCUCUCUGCUCAAAAAUUUAUACAUUCUUGAUUGUUAGAGUGCUGGCAAGUUUGGUGGUAUGUCGUUUGGUGGUAUAGUUGGUGGUAUGUCGUUAAUUAAGUAAGCGAUUCCGUGCGCUAUUAUGCACUCUUUUCUGC